CGUGCCAGUACGAGUGCUUUGGCUUUCAGUAUUUGGUGGUUACUGGUUGCUUUGGUUAGUUUAACAACGGUUAAGUUCUUGUGAAUUUUCUUUUGUUAUUGCAAAGUAUAAAAUGCAAUAUAACUGUGCAAUUGUACGCAAGUGUUCGUUAAAGGUCCGUUAGAUUUGCAUAAAAUUGUUUACGUAAAGAAACAAUAGUUGAUUGCCUGUUCUUGGAUACUUGGGUUAUCGUCUUCAACUGGCCGUUGAGAUCUUAUACCUUCAAUAUGGCGAAUGAUCCUCCUAGGUAUUUUCUUACAAGCAGUGGUCGCCAGGGCGGCACAAACAAUCUCCAAGUUCAUGACAUUCCCGAAGAUGUCCUAACUCGAGGGGCUCCUAGGUCGCAGUGUGCCGCCCCAAGAAUGGUAGCGAAUAACAGAAGUCGUGUCGUGUCGGCGACUAGAAAUCGUCUGGAAAGAAUUCAAAAUAGAAGAUCUGAUCAUAAUAUACGCGAAUACUGCCAUUCGUCGCUUGAAAAUCCGGAGAGUGAUAGACCACAAGAUAACAAGGAGAACGAGAGCACCCAGCCAAAACCGAGAACCUCACCCAAACCUAAUAAUCUCAUUAAUCGAAAUAACACAAGAGGCAUUCAGGAAACUAGACCACUUCACAUUUUCCAUUCUCAACCCUCGACGGACACUCGGGAAACCGCCCAUGUAAAUAAUUCCAGUACCUGUCCCCGUUCAAACACGUAAGUACCUUUCAUUUUUUAUU